AUGGAGUACGGCGAGAGGAGGAGGAGGGCGGGGCGCCGGCGGCCGCUUCCGGUUCCGGUGGCGGGUGCGGCGGGCGCGGGGGGGGCGGACGUGGAGCCGCGGUGGCGGAGCGGGAGGACGAGGCGGGGGGGGGCUGUUUCGGGGGGGGCGCGCGACGGUGAGGACCCCGGGACACCCCCGAAAGUGGUAGGAGAGGAAGAGGAGGAGGAGGAGGAAGAGCUGGACCCCAGGAUACAGGAGGAGCUGGAGCACCUCAACCAGGCCAACGAGGAGAUCAACCGGGUGGAGCUCCAGUUGGAUGACGCCCGCACCGCCUAUCGCCGGAUCCUUUCGGAAUCGGCCCGGAAGCUCAACGCCCAAGGCUCCCAGUUGGGCAACUGCAUCGAGAAAGCUCGACCCUACUACGAAGCCCGACGUCUCGCUAAGGAGGCUCAGCAGGAGACGCAGAAAGCGGCGCUGAGGUACGAGCGAGCCGUCAGCAUGCACAACGCCGCGCGCGAGAUGGUCUUCGUGGCCGAGCAGGGGGUCAUGGCCGACAAAAACCGUUUGGAUCCCACCUGGCAGGAGAUGCUCAACCACGCGACUUGCAAAGUCAACGAGGCGGAGGAAGAGCGGCUGCGGAGCGAACGGGAGCACCAGCGCGUCACCCAGCUGUGUCAGCAAGCCGAGGCCAAGGUCCAAGCCCUCCAGAAGUCCCUCAAGCGCGUCAUCGUUAAAAGCAAACCUUAUUUCGAGCUGAAAGCCCAAUUUAACCAGAUCCUCGAGGAGCACAAGGCCAAGGUGACGGGCUUAGAACGGUCGGUGUCGCAAGCCAAAACGCGUUAUUCGGUGGCCCUGCGUAACCUGGAGCAGAUCAGCGAACAGAUCCACGCUCGCCGUCUCCAACGCCUCAUCGUUCGGCGAGCUUCGCCGGUGGGAGCCGAAGCCAGUCCUCGAGAUGCCGGUACCGAGGUGGGGGUGACAGGAGGGACGCGUUUGGGGGCCGAGUGCCCCCCAGCCGACACUCUUUCGGUGCUCAGCCUUCAAACCAUCGCCUCCGACCUGCAGAAGUUCGACUCGGUCGAACAUUUAUUGGGCUUGUCGGACGCUACCAGCCUCAACAGCGACGAGCUGGAGGAACGGGAGCAACGCCGGGGUGGGCAGGGUCACUUCAAACAUCACCGAAGCAUCAGCCUUUAGCCCCCCCACCCUCCCUGAGCCCCCCAAAAGUGGCUUCUCCCCUCCUCUGGGGAACCCCAAAAGACGACGGGGUCGGUGGGUGCUGCCGUUAUUGGCUGCGGAGGGGAGGCCGGAGCCGAUGGGGCGACGCUGGGAAGCCCCUUGUUGACAAAGGUGACGCCGUCGGGGGCCAAAAUUUGGGGGAGUUGUUGGGGUUCACCCCUCUGAAUUGGGGGGAUGAUGUUGGGGGGGUCGGUGGGAGCCGUGUCCCGUGGGACCGCAGGUGCCCAGCGUUGGGAUACUGAGUUAAGCUGCCCGUUGGGUGUUGGCAGCGAGCGGCUGGGUGGGCGAAGCUCGGUCGCAGCCCCUCGGCGCAAGAGCUGCACCCCUAAAACGCUUGGGGGGGACCCCAACAUCCCCGUCCCCCCUCCUUUCACCCCAGCCUCCCCCCCCCAAAUUUCAGACAAUUAUUUGGGGUUAUUUUCCCCUUUUUUUCCAGCAAAAGGCGAGGCAGAAGCCAAAUUGCACUAAUGGGACGGGGCGGGGGGGACCCCACAGCCAU